CUAUAGAUUGCUUGUUAUUUAUGUGGCAAGAUGGUUGAGUGAUAGUCAUAAUUUGUUCUUUGGUUCACACUCAGUUGGCCUUCAGCUGUUGAACCAAGUCUCUGCUAUCAGUUAUUUUAGCCUCCCAAAUUUGAGACAGAUUUGUAGUUGUUAAUCUGUCUUAACAAGAGCAUUAUUAGUACUGUUGCUCCUGUCCUCCUGUGUGUGAGACCAGGCCCAGGAGGAAUCUGGUGAACAAGAAGGGGAGGCGGGCAUACUGUCAUGCCUAUGUUGUCAAAGAAUGCUCUUUGGUGACAAAAGAGUUUCUCCUUCAUGCUAACUGAUUAUAGAGCAGUAUCAGUACUGCUGUACAUCCAGGCAUUAGCCUCUGCUAAUAACCUGCUGUCACCGUUAUUCUUAGGGACAGGUUCUGGGCUGAAACUUAAACUCCUAGGAUACCUGUGGCUUUGGUUUUCUUUUUCUUUGUUUCACAUCUUUGCUUCCUGCUAUCUUCCUCUCAGCCUCACCUUUCUAACUGGUUUGUAGUGCUCUAAACCCACUGCUCUGUUUUCCUUUCUCUGUGGUGCAGCACUCUGCCAGCCCAUUGGUAUCACUGUGCUGCUUUCUCACUUUCACCACAUGAGCAGGGGUGGUGGGAGUGAAAGUGAGGCAUUUUGUGUUGUGUAGAAACACACAUGGAAGUGUAGCACAGUGAGGAAGAACACUGUGCUGGGAUACACUCAAUAUAAAGGAAGCACUCUGCAGCCUCCAAAUAGGCAAAGAAAGAUGUGCAACUGAAGGACUGGGUCAACACACAUACAGACAAGUAUGGGUGUUCUGUGGUAUGGAGGAUGUACCGUGUGGGAGAGUAUUUCAAGAGCAAGCAACUACAGGCCAUCAGAAGUUAUUGAUCUUCUUUCGUAUGCCAACAAGAGAGAGGUAACAAGCUUCCUGCAACAAGCACUUGGGGAUCCUAUGCUGAAUGAAGUGUUCUUGCUUUCAGCAUUCAAACUGCAACCAAAGAGCACAGCCACCGUAUUUGGCCUAUAUUCACCAGUUGAUGACAAGCAGUAUUUUGAGUUUACAGUAAUGGGACGGAUGAACAAAGUGAUGCUUCGCUAUCUGAAGAAUGAUGGGAAGUUGAACUCAGUGAUUUUUAGCAACGUACACCUGGCUGAUGGGAAACCCCACGCUGUCAUCUUAUGGCUGAGUGGCCUACAGCAGGAAUUCUGUACAAUAGAGUUGUAUCUGGACUGUCUGCAAGUAGGUGCUCUUCAGGAUCUGCCAAAAGCAUUUUCAACUCUAUUGGAGAGAUCAGCAGCAGUAGAGUUACGCGCCUUCCUGAAGAAACCAGAGGAUACACUGGAUGAGCUGAAGCUAGUAACUGGAGGAACACUUGCCCAAGCAGGAAACCUGCAAGACUGUUUUCUUCAACAGAUUGAAUCUGCUCCUCAGUACACUGGUGAUCUUAAUAGGCAACUGAUGAAUCAGAUGGUGCAAAUGAACCAGAUACUGGGAGAGGUGAAAGACCUUCUCAAACAACAGGUCAAGGAAACAACUUUUUUGAGAAAUACCAUAGCUGAGUGCCAAGCUUGUGGUUUGGGAAUGGUGAAUUUUCCAACUCCGCUUCCUAGGCAUAGCAAACCCAAGUGUGAAACAAGUUCCUGCUUCAGGGGAGUCAGGUGCAUGGAGACAGCUGAAGGAAUUCAGUGCGGCCCAUGCCCUGACGGAUUCACAGGGAAUGGAGUGAUAUGCUCUGAUAUUGAUGAGUGUCAUUACAGCCCCUGCUUCCCUGGAGUGCGUUGUGUGAAUACUGCUCCAGGUUUCCGUUGUGAGACCUGUCCCCCAGGAUAUACAGGACAAACUUUGCAAGGAGUAGGACUCAGCUAUGCCAAGAACAACAAGCAGGUCUGCUUAGACAUUGAUGAAUGUCAGAAUGGUGGGCAUGGAAUCUGUGUUCCAAAUUCUCAUUGCAUAAACACUUUGGGCUCUUAUCGCUGUGGCCAGUGCAAAUCAGGAUAUACAGGCGACCAAAUCAAGGGGUGCCAGGCUGAGAGAAGCUGCAGAAGUCGAGCCCUCAAUCCAUGCAGUGUCCAUGCCCGGUGUAUUGAGGAAAGGCGAGGAGAGGUGACAUGUAUUUGUGGCAUUGGCUGGGCUGGUGAUGGUUAUAUUUGUGGAAAAGAUGUUGACAUUGAUGGCUACCCUAAUGAAGAGCUCUCUUGCCCUGCUGAAAGCUGCAGGAAGGACAAUUGUAGGUUUGUACCAAACUCUGGACAAGAAGAUGCUGAUGAUGAUGGGAUUGGAGAUGCCUGUGAUGAAGAUGCAGAUGGAGAUGGCAUUCCCAAUGAGCAGGAUAACUGUGUCUUGACUCCCAAUGUUAACCAGAGAAAUAGUGAUGAAGAUAUCUUUGGAGAUGCCUGUGAUAACUGCCGCAGUGUCCUGAAUAAUGACCAGAGGGACACAGAUGGUGAUGGGAGAGGAGAUGCUUGUGAUGAUGACAUGGAUGGAGAUGGUAUUAAGAACCUUUUAGAUAAUUGUCAGAGGAUCCCCAACCAUGACCAGGAGGACAAGGACAAUGAUGGUGUUGGUGAUGCCUGUGACAGCUGUCCUACAGUCAGCAAUCCAAAUCAGUCAGAUGUUGACAACGACCUGGUUGGAGAUUCUUGUGAUACCAAUCAGGACAGUGAUGGUGAUGGGCACCAGGAUAGCACAGACAACUGCCCCACCAUUAUCAACAGCUCCCAGCUGGACACAGAUAAGGAUGGGCUGGGUGAUGAGUGUGAUGAGGAUGAUGAUAAUGAUGGCAUUCCAGAUCUCUUGCCUCCAGGCCCUGACAACUGUAGGCUAGUCCCCAACCCAGGGCAGGAAGAUGAUAAUGGUGAUGGAGUUGGGGAUGUGUGUGAGUCUGAUUUUGACCAGGAUACAGUAAUUGAUCGGAUCGAUGUCUGCCCUGAGAACGCAGAGAUCACCCUGACGGACUUCAGGGCCUAUCAGACCGUGGUGUUGGACCCAGAGGGAGAUGCUCAGAUUGAUCCCAACUGGGUGGUUCUAAACCAGGGCAUGGAAAUUGUGCAGACUAUGAACAGUGAUCCUGGCCUUGCUGUUGGUUACACUGCUUUUAAUGGUGUUGACUUCGAGGGCACUUUCCAUGUGAACACAGUGACAGAUGACGACUACGCUGGUUUUAUUUUUGGCUAUCAAGACAGCUCUAGCUUUUAUGUAGUAAUGUGGAAACAGACCGAACAGACGUACUGGCAAGCAACUCCCUUCAGAGCUGUUGCAGAGCCUGGCAUUCAGCUGAAGGCUGUGAAAUCAAAGACAGGCCCAGGUGAGCACCUGCGCAACUCCCUCUGGCACACAGGGGACACCAGUGACCAGGUGAGGCUGCUGUGGAAAGACCCUCGAAAUGUGGGGUGGAAAGACAAAGUCUCCUACCGCUGGUUCUUGCAGCACAGACCCCAGAUUGGGUAUAUCAGGGCAAGAUUUUACGAAGGCUCUGACUUGGUGGCAGACUCUGGUGUAACUAUAGACACCACGAUGCGUGGAGGACGGCUUGGAGUUUUCUGCUUUUCUCAGGAAAACAUUAUCUGGUCCAACCUGAAAUAUCGCUGUAAUGACACCAUCCCAGAGGACUUUCAAGAAUUUCAAGCUCAGCAAUUUGGCGUUGGGGAUAUUUAAGGAGUAAAAGCAAACUAGUAUUGCUUUAUUGUUUGCAAUAACAAUGUAUUUUAAAUCCUUAUAUGAUUGUUGUAAGAGUUCACACUUCAGCUUGUUCUUAUUGAUGUGAUUGUCAGACUUUUUUGUAUAAAAGUGAAAAUAAAAAGGAGACAAAAACAUUUUGAGGCUUCACUUGUUUUCAGAUUUGCCUGAAGACCUAGGCAGUGGCAUGUAAUGUAAUGAUGCUUAAGCCAUUCUCAGGAACUGUUUGAUUCUGUUGCCAUUUUGGAUUCAGUAUUAAACAGAGUCACGAAGAAAGGGC